UCAUUGCCUAAUUUCUUCUCUUCCCUUCCCACCCAAACAAAACCAAACACAAUUUUCUUCUAUUACAUACAAUCAUUACUUCUUGUAUUAUAUAUUCAUUUACUCUUUGAAGUCUCUCUCUAUCCAUUUCCUUAUCUUCUUUCUUCUUCAUUGUUUAUGUCAUUAUAUGCCCAUUUGCCCAUAUAUAAUUGAUAUACAUCCAAUCCAAUCAUCUCUCUCAUUUUUUCUACAUACAAAUAAAGAAAUUUGUAAGCAAAAUAAAAUAAAAUUGUAUUGAUAAGAAAAUGAAAGGAGAAUAUGUAGAAGAAAGAAAAAACCAUGCUAAUAAUAGUAGUACUCCUAGCAAUAUCUAUAAGUUUGCUAAGCCUCAUCAAACACAAAAUUUCCAACACCACCACCAACAACCGCCGCCACCGCCUUCCUCCACCGCCAACGACGGAGCCACCAUCGAGGUUGUCCGACGUCCACGUGGCCGUCCACCCGGGUCAAAAAACAAACCCAAACUCGCACCCCAUUUCAUCGUAACAGCUCGUGAUGAUCACGUGGAAAAACCCACCAUGAGUCCUUAUAUUCUUGAAAUUCCAACAGGGGUUGAUGUUAUCGAUUCGGUUUAUCGGUUUUGCAGUAAACAAAAUACGGGGCUCUGUCUUCUUAACGGGUCUGGUACAGUUACAAAUGUUACACUUAAGCAGCCUACAAUUAAUAAUGUUAUUACCUUGCAUGGGAUUUUUAAUAUUCUAUCAAUUUCAGCUACAAUUGUUACACAAAGUAUUUCGAGAGUCGUUCCAAAUGGAUUCAGUAUUUCGCUAGCUGGACCACAAGGUCAAGUUGUAGGUGGGGCUGUUAUUGGGCCUCUUUUAUCGGCUGGGCCUGUUUAUUUAAUUGCUGCAAGUUUUAAUAAUCCUGUUUAUCAUAAGUUUACGGCAGAGGAGGAGGAGGAGGAGGAUGGUGGUCAGUCGCAACAGGUGGCAGUGUCUGGCGGCGGAGAUAGUGGGCAUCCACCGGAAUCAAACGUGCAUGAGUAUUGUUACAGUUCUAAUCAGUUGCCAUCAGAUGUGAUAUGGGCACCCACCGCUAGACAACCACCACCUUAUUAAUGUAGGUCGUAUUCAGAAUUUAAAGUUUAUAAGUUCAGACUCAAAUUUGUAUCACAUGUCAUUAGUGACUUAGUGGAUUUGAAACAUGUUAUUUUUAAUUAUUUAGCAUAUAUUUAAAAUAUAUUAAGUUUAAGUCAAAGUUACUGAAGUUCACGGUAUGAAAAAAGAAGAAGAGACUUGAGAUUUCUUA